ACUCCUGGGCCAGAUAUCUGUGUGGCUUGGGGACACCACUGCCCCACAGUGUGGGCUAGGACGAAGCACAGCCUCAGGCGGGGGCCCCGAAGUGGCAGAGCAGAAGGCGCACUUGACCACCAGCACUGUGCGGCCUGGCCACCCCUCGGCACUCGCGUACGUCUGUAGAUGGCCUGGCACCAAAGGCACCAGGGCCACAGGACUCACCGGCAGACAGGCGGACACAGCACUGGGGGGUGUGUGUGGCCCAGCGCAGAGAGGAGGGCCCUUGCUCCCACACAACCUUGAAGGCCGGCCCACCCCUGCGCCUACCCGUGUCGCAAGGGAAGCUGGCAGAGCCCUGGGGCCCUGGAGUGCAGCGGGGAGAGUUCCAGCUGCAACCACCCGGGAGCAGGAGAGAGGGGGUCUGUCGGAUUUAGGCCUGGGUCCAGAAUGCCUGAACAGAGGAACUGAGGCAGGACCCCACGUCACAGUUUGGAGGCACAGGGACCCAAGUUUGAGAGACUUUGGCCUGGGUCCCUUCUGGUGGGCUCUGUAGGUGGGUGACCAGGGACCACAGGGUGGUGUUUCCUGCACCCUGAGCGAUGCAGCCAGUGCUGUCUUUAGGCAGGGGUGGCGCUUCCUGGCCAGGGACUCCGGAGCUGAGGCCUAUGUCUGGAGAGCAGGAGCCGCCUAUUUGCCUGUGUUUUUCAAGUCAAAUGAUUCCGGGGCAAAGUCUCACGUGGCCCUUCCUGCGGCAGGUGUCCCUGUGGCUGUGUCGCCCUCCCCCCCACACUCCCAGGGUGGCCAGGGUGGGACAGGGCCUCUCUCACCCCCAGCCUCAGCCCUGCCCCCCCACGUCGAGCGCCCGAGGGGAGUCUCCACCCCUGCGCGGGAGCUGGAGGGCGAAGCCGGAGGAGGGAAAGUGCAGGGCCAGCAUGGAAAGGCCCCGCGGGCUGACUCCCCCUCCGCCGCAGCCUACUUCUCCCUGCAGGGUGAACUGCAGCGAGUACUUCCCGUUGUUCCUCGCCACGCUCUGGGUCGCCGGCAUCUUCUUUCACGAAGGGGCGGCGGCCCUGUGCGGCCUGGCCUACCUGUUCGCGCGCCUCCGCUACUUCCAGGGCUACGCGCGCUCGGCGCAGCUCAGGUGAGCACCGGGGCGGGGC